UUGGUUAUAUAUGUGUCUGAAUCAUAUAGAGUCUCGGGUGGGAGACAACAAUUCAAAAGAGAUGUGUUAUUCUGCAACACAAAGUAAGAGCAUAUUACAAAAGUUACAAUAUGUUUAUGUAAUCAUAACAACUUAUGCAAUGUUAAGUUUUUUUUUUUCUUUUUCUUAAAAAAAAAAUAUAUUGACAUAUUUUGAUUUACAGCAUGGAAACAAUGAGGCUAACUUUAUGGGAAGGGUUUGCUCAUGAUCAAGGUCGUUUCUUAUUCAAUGAGCUUAAUCAGGAUCAUGUGUUGGGUGCAUCCAUGGUAUCAGUUGGCUCCUAUUAUGGUACAUGUCUUUCGACUGUUGGACGUACCAGACUUUUUAUUGAUCCUGAUAUUGAUGAAACUGACGAUCUACAUGGCUGGUAUGCGGAUGAUGGAUAUGUCCAAAAACAUAUCAGUUGGAGUCAGAUAUUAACUAAUAGUAUCUCUGAAAUGGAAAUGGUGUUUAAUGCAAAAAGGAUAAAGUUAAAUCAGUUUACAGCGGCUCAUAAUGUAAAAUACUUUCGAGUACUAGCAAAGGUGUUAUCUAUUGAUUCUUCUAUGCCUAUUUGGUAUGAAUCAUGUGCUCAACACUUAAGGAGAGCUGAUAUGUGCGUGGAGUGUGACCCCUCUUUUAGUAGGCCAAGAUAUAGAAUCAAUAUAAAAAUUGGUGACGCUACAAAUACAAUGUCUGUUACACUCUUUGGCCAAUAUGCUGAGAUGAUUAUCGGUUGUCCAAUAUCAAGUAUUCAAGCGAUGACAGAUAAUGAAUUUGGAGACUACUUUCUAGAGGAGUAUCUGAGUGAACGAUUGAUGAAUACAUUCACUUUCAUACUACAUGUUCUUGAGAUAGGAAAUGAUGAUAUCAUAGUUGCAUCUGUUUUACAAGUAAGAUGGGAGGAAGAAUUCUAUUAUCUGACACGAGAGAUGCGUGGACAAUCUAAUUGAAGACUUAGAUUCAUUUAGCAUAAUAUUUCAAGACUUUAAUUAUAUAUAUAUAUAUUUUUAUAUGAAUUCAACA